AUGGCUCGGAAAGGUCGAUUCACGAAAAAAUCAAAAUUGGGACCAGGAUCUCACCAACCUCAAACGGAAGCGAAUGCGACUUUGGACUCCCACCAUGAUGGCUCUCAAAUUCUUCCGACCAAUGACGAAAGUGUCCCCGCAAGUGGUGAUAGUGUCCCCGCUACUUCACGUCCUUUCCGUCCCCCGCGAAACCAUCUAAAAUUGGAAGCUAAUGCUAAUGAGGAACCUCUUGUUGAAGAAGAAGUUGACGAGCUCCAUGAUGCUCCUGUGGUUCAGAGUCGCAGAGGACGCAAGACUACAGAAUUUUGGACUGUUAAGAUCAUAGAUUCUGAGGGCACAAUCAAGCCGGAAAAACUAAGCGUGAGGGAUGCUAUGGCACGACCUAACGGUAGGAAGAUCGUGCUCGGAUUCAACAACGCAAAGCAAGCAAUUGGAGACGAAGCUGGACUGUUGAGUGGCGUGCUUGGUCUGCUGGGAUCUGAUUAUGGAAAAUUUCUCAUCUGUAGGAAAAGUUGGCAUCAGAUUACCACUAAAGACAAAGUUUAUAACGAAUGUGUCAAGCAAAUUUUUCACUUCGAUGAGGAUAGCGAAGGAAUUAUUAAGAAAAAUAUGUUGAAAAGUAUGGGGAAGGCUUGGAAGGAAACAAGGCUGAGGUUGUAUGACCAUUUUUAUGAGCCAACAUUCACUACUGAUCAAAAUCUUGAGAAUCGACCACCGAGAAUUGAUCGAGAGCAUUGGAGAUGGUUCCUUGACUAUCGCGCCGAACCUGAGACGAAGGAGAAGUGCAGAAAAAACGUGGAGAAUCGAUCAAAACAACAAUAUACCCACACUGACGGCUCGAAAAGCUUCGCACGGCGGCUGGAAGAGGAGAAGGAAGAACAAGAAAGGAUAGUCGGUAGAGGAGAGUUAUGGAUUAAGGUGCACAAAAAGAAGGAUGGCUCAUAUAUGAAUGAUGAAGCAAGAGCAAUUGGUGAAAGAAUUGAGGAAAUUGAACAACAGGAUGAGUCUGCCAGAAUGUUGUCUCAAAAUGACUCCAUUGCUCAGGUUUUUGGAAAAGAAAAACCGGGUAGAGUACGUGGUAUGGGUUUUGGACCGACUCCUAGUCAACUAUUCGGUUCGAAUUCACAUGCGCCUGUCAACGGAGUCCAACUAGAAGAGACCCAGAGGAGGCUGUUUGAACUGCAGGCAAAGCUGGAAGGUGAGAAGUUGAAGAGGAAGGCGAUGGAGGACGAGGCAGCAACAGAGAAGAAAAAGAUGAAGGCAAUGGAGAGUGCUCUGGUUUAUCUGUUUCAAAGGCAAGGUGUGGAGUUACCACCAGACAUCGCUGCAGGGAUGAGUUUCAUUGAAUGA